GCUUGGGAAGGUAUCCGGCGUCUGCUUCAUUGUAUUGCUUAUAUUCAAUGCAAACACAGCAACGUUCGUCCUGGGAAUUACGACGUUGUUGCGAAACAGUGAUUGUUUUCACCAUUUUCCUUAUUUGUCGAUACACAUGCUUGGAAUUUGGAUUAUUUUCCUCGUAAAUAUAACAAGGAAUUAUUUUGUGAGGUAGUCAUUUGGGAGGAAGAGUCCAGCCAAGACAUCCUCAACGCGGUACCAUCCAGCAUCCUGUCCUUGGAAUUUCUGCUCACUCAGCUGAUUCGGAUGUUCACUCUAACGAUUGGCUUAUUGAAUCCCGCCAAUGUUGUUGGAUGAUUCAGAAGCCUAGGACUUUGCUGAGGACCGGUCUGCGGGGGUCCAUCCCCCACCUCCCUCCCCUAGCUGUUCUUCCCCCCGCUUCCUGCGAAGUCCGACGGCCUUGACUGAUUGGAUGCCGCAUCUUCCCGUCUCGGCGGACUCAAGACUUACAGUGCUCCCGUGGAUCUGAGACCCACGCCAUGACCUGCUGAAGCCCCGUGCUGCUACCCGCCCAACCCCCUUCUCAUUUACCAUGGUUCCUCCUGAACGGAAGAGGUGGCGCCUCUGGCUGGCAGCCCUUACACUCACCUCCUGUCUCCUGUCCAUCUCUGCCACAGCCACGCCCUUCCCCAAGGACCUGGAGCCAAUCAGCAUUGUCGGAUGGGAACACUCGUACCUGUACCCCGGGUUCCAGGGGCUGGUGUCGGACAAUGACACGGCCCGACUGGGCCUGGACUUCCAGCGGAUGCUGAGGAUCAACCAUAUGCUCUACAUCGCUGCCAGGGACCACGUAUUUGCAAUAAACCUGACCACAGCCGGAGACGACUUUGUUCCCCAGCUGAAGCUGACAUGGAGGUCCAAGGAUGUGGCCAAGUGUACCGUGAGGGGUAAAAACAGCGAUGAGUGCUAUAACUAUGUCAAAGUGCUGGUACCACGGAACGAUGAGACCCUGUUUGCCUGCGGCACCAACGCCUUCAACCCGACCUGCCGCAACUACAAGAUGACCACCCUGGAGCAGGUCGGUGAAGAGGUUGUGGGUCAGGCACGCUGUCCGUUUGAGUCAGGCCAAUCCAACGUUGGCCUCUUUGCUGGGGGGGAUUUUUACUCUGCCACCAUGACCGAUUUCCUGGCCAGCGACGCGGUCAUCUACCGUAGCCUCGGCGACGACAGCCCUGUGUUGCGGACCGUCAAGUACGACUCCAAGUGGCUCCGAGAGCCCCAUUUCCUCCAUGCGAUUGAGUACGGGAACUAUGUCUACUUCUUCCUCAGUGAGAUUGCGGUGGAGUACACCACGCUGGGCAAGGUGGUGUUCUCCCGGGUGGCGCGGGUCUGUAAGAAUGACAACGGCGGCUCUCCCAGGGUGCUGGAGCGCUACUGGACCUCCUUCCUGAAGGCACGGCUUAACUGUUCAGUGCCCGGCGAUUCCUUCUUUUACUUUGAUGUGCUUCAGUCGCUCACCAAUGUGCUGCAGAUCAACCAGCGCCCUGCUGUGAUGGGGGUGUUCACUACUCAAGCUAACAGUAUCCCUGGCUCAGCGGUGUGUGCCUUCUACAUGGACGACGUGGAGAAGGUCUUUAACGGGAAGUUUAAAGAGCAAAAGACCAGUGACUCAGCCUGGACCCCGGUACCAGAGGAACAGGUGCCUAAACCCAGGCCAGGUUCCUGCGCCGGUGACGGACCAGCCUCGGCUUACAAGUCAUCCACCUCGUUCCCAGACGAUACUCUGACCUUCAUCAAGUCUUACCCUCUGAUGGAUGAGGCAGUGCCAUCUGUCAACGACCGACCCUGCUUCACCCGAACCACCAGCAGGUACAAGCUGACCAGGAUUGCGGUGGACACCUCUGCUGGGCCGUCUAAGGACCGCACUGUGGUCUUUUUGGGUUCGGAGGAUGGCAGGGUCCUGAAGGUGUUGUCCAGCACUCAUCCUAAUGCCUCCUUCGGCUCCCAGCUCCUGGAGGAAAUAGAUGUCUAUAACCCCUCUAAGUGUAACGUUCAGGGGCAGGAGGACCGGAGGAUUCUGGGAAUGGAACUGGAUAAGGACCAUCAUGCCUUGUUUGUGGCCUUCACCAGCUGCGUCAUCAGAGUGCCGCUCAGCCGCUGCAUCGAGCACGGCGCCUGUAGAAAGAGCUGCCUGUCUUCCCGUGACCCAUACUGCAUCUGGCUGCGGACCGGGAGUUGCGCCAACAUGGCACCAGGGUUCAAGGCUGGUUUUGAGCAGGACAUUGAGGGAGACCACUCACUUUACCCUGACAACUGCAAUGCAGAUGUCUUGGCGACCACUCGGAACCAGAACUCUGCGGCAGACUCCGCCUACGGUGUUCGAAGGCUCCCUGACUCUGAGAAAUCCAGCCCCAGUGUCCACUACACCCUACUGAUCGCCUGUGUCCUGGUUGCGUUCUUCAUUGGUGCCAUUCUGUCCGGCUUCCUGGUGUCAUGCUACUGCAGUCACAACGCCCGUCGUGCCCGGCGGCUUGGCAAGGACCCUGAGGCCUCUAUCCACCCCGCCCUCUCUCUGCGCAGCCUGGCCAAGCUUAACGGCCUGCUGGACGGCCAGCCAAAGGAGGAGAAGCUGGACAUGUCCACACCCAAGAUGUACAGCUCCUUCAUUCCCAACGGAAAGGACCAUACUCCGGGCAGGCACGGGAUGUCCCUGGGGGACCCGGAUCUCAACCUCUCCCAAGGCGAGGACCUCUCGGGCCUACCCACCCCAGAUUCCACCCCGGAGCUGCCCAUCAAAAACAUGAAGGCCUUCCGGAACCAGUGGGAGAGGAACCAGAACUGCAACAACGCCAAAGAUUCCAAGGCUCCCGCUAGCACUGGCUUUAGCCUGGCUUCGUCACGGUCCGCCUCGGGGGUCACCCAGCAGGUGUUCCCCUUCUCCCACAGCCUGACCAACGGCCAAGCCCUGGGCCACCUGCCAGAGGAGAGAAAGAUCCCCAAUGAAGAGCGCUCGCAGGGGGCCUCGGCCCCGCAGUCCUCCUGCUGCCCGCAGUCGGUGGUGGACGUAGCGGCCCUGGACGAACUUCUGAAGCACAUCCAUGAGGUCAGCGCGUCGGGCAGCCGCAGCAUCACCGUGUUGACCUCCCCGUGCGCCCCCCUGCCCGGUAGCUCCGGCCACCACCACAGUCACAGCCAGGGCAGCUUCAGAUGCCAGCCCCAGAUCCCCGAGACCGAGUCGGCCCCGUACUACAGCUCAUCCACCCUGCCCAGGGACAGUCUGACCCGCCGGCUGGACGUGCCCCCGGACGCGGCCUCGGCCUCCUCCUCGGCUGGUGCCACCCCACUGCAGCAGCAGUCCAUCCCUGAGCGUGGCGCCGUGACCCGCCACCACUCCCAGAGGCACUCGCUGAUCAAGAUGGGCAACGGCGGGGCCGUCCCGCGCCAGCACAGCUUCAGACAGGGCCCACCCCCUCACCAGCUGCUCACCCGGAUGAACUCGGGCGGCGGGGGGGCGGCCGGCUGCGAGGCCCACCGGCCGCUCAUUCCCAGUGCCUGCCUGACGCGGCAGCACAGCUACAGCGAGCCGCCCCACCUCCAGCGCGCCGCCAUCGUGCGCCGCACGGCCUCCCUCAAGCCCCAGGUGCCCCCCAAGCCUCUGUUCCUCCCCGCCACGUCACCCGUCAACCAGCAAGGCAAGUACGACUACUGAGAGCGAACGAGCCGGACCGAGAGGCUCCGGAAAGACAAUACAACCCGUCUCCUCUCUGACGUCGGCCAACCCCGUCGAGGACGGGGACGGGGUGGAGG